CUCCUUCGGCUUUCACAUCCGGGUUACGCACCAGUGUUUGUCUCCUGCGUCUGUGUCUGGACCGUGGAAUCAUUUCGCCCUCACCGAAGCAAGCACCGCGACGUGCCGCAGCCUGUCUCCCGACUCAGCGACUCGCAGACCGUGCACAGCUCCUGGCGUGAGUCGGUUAUGCCGCCCAGCUGCGGCGAGUCGCACUGAGGCGGGCAUGAGGCGGUGGUGGUGAUGGUGAGAUAGUAGGCAACCAGCCCGUCUGCGGUGAACCAAGUCGCCUCUUAUAACGAUGUCGAAAAGCCUCAAGAAGAAGAACCACUGGACCAACAAAGUCCACGAAGCGGUGAUCAGCCGCAGCAAGGACGGCGAGCUGGGCUUCGAGCUGAAGGGGGGCGCCGAGCUUGGCCAGUUCCCAUACUUGGGUGAGGUGAAGGCGGGGAAGGGGCUCGUCCAGAGUGGCAAGCUGGCCGAGGAUGAGUUGCUCCUGGAGGUCAACGACAUGCCCGUGGCCGGCCUCACCAGCCGGGACGUGCUGGCCGUCAUCAAGCACUGCAAGGACCCGGUCCGCUUCAAAUGUGUCAAACAAGGGGGGGUUGUUGACAAGGACUUGCGGCACUACCUCAAUCUUCGCUUCUCCAAAGGCUCCGUGGACCACGACCACCAGCAGAUCAUUCGAGACAACCUGUACCUACGCACCGUUCCCUGUACAACCAGGCAGCCCAAGGAGGGCGAGGUCCCAGGAGUGGACUACAACUUUGUAACUGUGGAACGUUUUAUGGAAUUGGAGCAAAGCGGAGCCUUACUAGAGAGUGGAACCUAUGAAGAUAACUUCUACGGCACACCCAAGCCACCAGCAGAACCAUCCCCAGCAGCCCCUCCUCUUAAUGUGAGUGAGGCCCUGCUGCCUGGAGCCCGGCCCAGCGCCCAGGGCAAGAGGAAGAGGAACCAGUCAGUCAGCAACAUGGAGCAGCGCGCCAGUCUGGAGCCGCCCGAGGAGGAGGAAGAAGAGAGCCCCGUUGUCAACGGCAACGGAGUGGCCAUCACGCCAGAGUCCAGCGAGCACGAGGACAAGAGCACUGACGCGUCUGGGGAGGUUGCCGUGGAAACCUGCAGCCAAACGGCAGCCAUGAGCGAGGCUCCCACCGAGGCGGAGGAUGCACCAAAAUCUCCAGACAAGUCCCCCAACAAAGUCCCGGAUGUGGACGAGGAAGAGCUGGGCCCUCUGCCUGACAACUGGGAGAUGGCGUACACGGAAAAGGGGGAGGUCUACUUCAUAGAUCACAACACCAAGACCACGUCCUGGCUGGAUCCUCGGCUGGCCAAAAAGGCAAAGCCUCCAGAAGAAUGCAAGGAAGAUGAGCUGCCCUACGGCUGGGAAAAGAUCGAUGACCCCAUCUACGGCAGCUACUACGUCGACCACAUCAAUCGCAGGACUCAGUUUGAGAAUCCAGUCCUGGAAGCAAAGAGGCGCCUUGAGCAGCAGAGGCAGAUGCAGAGUCAGGGCCUCUCCGCUCUCCCGCUGCCCACCAUAUAUAGAGAAAAGCCACUGUUCACGAGGGACCCGACCCAAUUGAAAGGCACAUUUCUGUCUACGGGCCUCCAGAAGAGCAACAUGGGAUUUGGCUUCACAAUAAUUGGAGGUGAUGAGCCCGACGAGUUUCUGCAAGUGAAGAGCGUCAUUCCGGAUGGGCCGGCUGCUCAGGAUGGAAAGAUGGACACAGGUGACGUCAUUGUUUACGUGAAUGACAUCUGCGUGCUAGGCACUACGCACGCCGACGUGGUCAAGCUCUUCCAGUCGGUGCCCAUCGGUCAAAGCGUCACCCUGGUGCUCUGCAGAGGCUACCCUCUGCCCUUUGACCCCGAGGACCCCAACGCGGCGGCUAGCAGUUCCAUGACGCCUAUCGGGAUGGAGCACCGUCCACUGGUGGUGAACGGUCGCAGCAGCUACGAUCCCUACCUGGAGUAUCUGUCCCUGAGCUCCCAGCUGCCCGCUCAGGCCCUGGCGCAGGCCGGAGCUUCCCAUCCCGGGGACACACACCUAGAUGGCUCUUCGCUGCCGCCUACCACACCCGGCUCGUCGUCUGCGCUCACGCCGCAUGAUGACAACGUGUCUAUGGCCUCCUCGGGUACGCCGGGUGUUGUCGGAGCGACGGUGCAAGCAGCCGAGCUGCUGACGGUUACCAUGGUGAAAGGAGCCGAGGGUUUUGGAUUCACCAUUGCAGACAGUCCUACUGGCCAGCGAGUCAAACAGGUGCUGGAUCCGGGCUCGCAGGUGGCGUCGGGCCUGAUCGAGGGCGAUCUGAUCCUGGAGGUGAAUCAGCAGCCAGUGGCGGCGGCCGGGCACGGACGUGUGGUAGAGAUGCUCAAAGAGUGUCCUGUCGGAGCUGAAGCGACGUUGCUCAUUCAAAGAGCGGCAGGCCACAUCUCUCCAUGGAAGGCCUCCAAACAGUUAACUGACCAGUGGGACCCUCACGGAAGCCCCCAAGCCAACCUGUCAGGCCCCGUCCUGCCUCCGGGCACGCCCUUCCCCAAUCAGCCCCAACACCGUACAUCCGUGCCAGAUUCCACCGAAGGCUUUGAUCUGAACAAACCCGAUCCCUACGACCUUUACGAAAAGUCCAGGGCUAUCUACGAGAGCCGACGUCCGGAAUACGAAGAAGUGGAGGUGCACCUGCUGAGGGAGAAGACCGGCUUCGGCUUCCGCAUCCUGGGGGGAGACGAGGCCGUGCAGGCUGUGAGUCCGGACGCCCGUGACAAGAUUGUGAUUGGCGCCAUUAUCGAGAACACCCCCGCCGAGCGCGACGGCCGACUCCGGCCGGGGGACGAGCUCAUCUCGGUGGAUAAAAACGUGGUUGCCGGGAAGCCGCACAAGUACGUCAUUGACUUGAUGCACGCCGCCGCUCGCAACGGCCAAGUCAGCUUGACUGUGAGGAGGAGGCUGCACAUGCCCGGCGAAGGGUGCCCCGUAAAUGGCCGCAGCCCCAGCCUAGUGUCGACUCAGCACAGCUCACCCCGCAACGACGGCAUGCCUCCGGGCACCGCCGCGGUGGGCGCGACUACGGAGGGAUCGGCCCUGCACACCAGCGACGUACUCAUUCAGCGCAAGGAGAACGAAGGCUUUGGUUUCGUCAUCAUCAGCUCCCUCAACAGGCCGGAGAAUGCUGCCGUCAUCACCGUGCCCCAUAAAAUUGGACGUAUCAUCGAGGGCAGCCCUGCAGACCGAUGUGGCAAACUAAAAGUUGGCGACCGGAUCUUGGCCGUUAACGGCCAGUCCAUCAUCAGCAUGCCGCAUGCUGACAUCGUCAAGCUCAUCAAAGACGCAGGCCUCACGGUCACGCUGCACAUCAUACCAGAGGAAGGCUCCCAGUCUGUACCCGGUUCAGAGAAGCAGAGCCCCAUGACCCAGAAACAUGGCACCCAGCCCAACCCCCCAGCCCAACUGCCCGGUCAGGUGGCUCCUCAGCCGGGUCAAAUGGCCCUUCAGACGGGCCAAGCGUCCAUCCAGCCUACUCAAACACCAGCUCAGACCGGUCAAAUACUCAUUUGUCCUCCGGCACCAGCAGCAUCGCACGCGGCACCGGCCGGAACGCAGCAGAGUCCCGUCAGCCAUCCUUCUGGACCGCCGCCGCAGCUCUACCUACAUGACGGAAGGUCUGAGGUUAAAGCCAGACAGGAUGUGAAACCUGACUUCCGCCAUCCUCCCUUCACUGAUUACAGGCAACCACCCGUAGACUACCGCCACCCGCCGGUGACUGAUUACCGGCAGCCCCCGACGCUGGACUACCGGCACCCGCCCGGCCUGUUGGACUUCAGACAGCACACGGCGGCUGCUCAGUUUCCGCUGGGGAUCGCCGCAGAGUUUCGACCACAGAUCCCCCCUCUGCAGGACUUUGAUUACUUCACAGUGGAGCUAGAGAAAAGCUCCAAAGGUUUUGGUUUCAGUAUUCGGGGGGGCAGAGAAUACAAGAUGGACCUGUUUGUGUUGCGCCUGGCUGAGGACGGUCCUGCCAUCCGGAACGGGAGGAUGAGGGUUGGGGAUCAAAUCAUCGAGAUUAACGGGGACAGCACCAGGGACAUGACUCACGCCCGGGCUAUCGAGCUCAUCAAGGCGGGGGGUCGGAGGGUCCGACUGCUGCUGAAGAGAGGCACGGGACAGGUGCCUGAAUACGACUGUGGCGGCCCCUGGGAUUCCCUUUCUACAAUCCACUCUACCCUGCCGGAAGUGACCCUCGAAGCCCACCAGAAUCCAUUGCCUCCAUCCCAUUCAGCCGCAUCCCUGGAUUCCCCUCAUCAGCUCCCUCUAGAGGCCGCAGCGUGCAUGGCAACCGAUAAAGCUCCACAGGUGACGGACCACGGCUCCUCGGCUCGAGGGGCCGCAGGUGGCAGGUCCACCCAGCAGAAGUGCAUGAUCAGGGGGCAGGGAGGAGAGGCAGAGUGCGGGCUGGGCAUCGAGCAGCCUCGGGUUUUGCCUGCCAAAACCGUCCUUGGGAGGCAGAGGGACGCUUGCUCCCCCCGCUGUGGCAGAAAGGGGCCGGGCACCCAGGCGGCAGGCGCUCUCUGGCUGUGGGACCCUUACGUGAGCGUCACUCCCAACGGAGCCUCUCUGGUCAGCAGAGACGCCCACGCCAGCCUCCAGGAGAGGCUGCUGUCCAGAGGGGUUUACCCCAGAGAAGAGGAGCGUUCCGGGGGCCACGCCAAGAGCGCAGAGGAGCCCCCUCCCAGGAGAGUUGCCGCCACCUCCCCGGGGCCCUGGAACAUCCCAGGGCCAGAUAAACUGCCCGGCACCCUGAGGUCCUGGACCUCCACUGUCAGCAGGUAGACAGGAUCGGCUUUUUUGUCAGCCCCGACCCGCCGCCGUUUGUUCUCCUUCAUCUAUUCCUCAAGUUAUAUUGUUUUACUAUAGGAUAAUUACACCCGCCACCUUAAAAAGCUGACCAACUCUCACACAUGUUGUAACAUAGUGAGGAGCCCGAUGAUGUACACCAAAAGACUGCAUUUAGUAUUUCUUAUUGAAACCAGAGAAACUUCUCGAGCAGUGUUUCCCAACCUUUAGUAACAAUUUGCGUGAGACAAGGACAGAGCCCUGCCGUGAACAAUAGUUGACUCCCCCCAAAAAUAUCUACAAUCGCUCGUAUCUAUUGUUCAAACCGUAAAUAUCUGACACAAAAUGCUUAAUACAAAGAUUGGACUCGGAGGACACUCACGCAGUCACAUGGAGAACAUGCAAACUCCUUACAGGAACUGUGAGGCAAUGUGCUAACACUAAUAUUCAGACCACAAAAGUGAAAUUGCAUAACUAGCAGUAGUUGGGAAUCACUAUUCUAGAAGUGCAUCCAUUGUUACUCCUCACAUGCCUAACAAAUAUAUAUCAUAUACUGUAAAUGAUGUCAAAAAUGUGUACAUUUGUCAUUGUAAAGAAGCAGAGGAAGGAGAUUAAAAAAAAGUAGAAAAAAAAACAUCAGGACGGAAUAAUUUAGGAUCGAUUGUCCUGUCCCGGGCCUCAACUAUGACAACAUAUCAAGGACAUGU